CCCCCCACCCCUGACUUAGUCCCGUGACGUCACUCUGCCCAGGACCAACAUGGCGUUCCCUCACAUCGGCGCGAAGAGAAAAGUGUGCUACUACUACGACGGUGACAUCGGAAACUACUACUAUGGACAAGGUCACCCCAUGAAGCCACACCGCAUUCGCAUGACCCACAACCUGCUGCUCAACUAUGGCCUCUACCGCAAGAUGGAAAUCUACAGGCCGCACAAGGCCACGAGUGAGGAAAUGACCAAGUACCACAGCGACGACUACAUCAAGUUUCUGCGCUCCAUCCGCCCGGACAACAUGUCCGAAUACAGCAAGCAGAUGCAGCGCUUUAAUGUGGGAGAAGAUUGCCCGGUGUUUGACGGCCUUUACGAGUUUUGCCAGCUGUCCACUGGCGGCUCUGUGGCCGGCGCCGUGAAGCUGAACAAGCAGCAGACGGACAUUGCCGUCAACUGGGGCGGCGGGCUGCACCACGCCAAGAAGUCCGAGGCCUCGGGCUUCUGCUACGUCAACGACAUCGUGCUGGCCAUCCUGGAGCUGCUCAAGUACCACCAGCGCGUGCUGUACGUGGACAUCGACAUUCACCACGGGGAUGGCGUGGAAGAGGCGUUCUACACCACGGACCGCGUCAUGACCGUGUCCUUCCACAAGUACGGGGAGUACUUCCCCGGCACGGGAGAUCUGCGGGAUAUUGGCGCCGGGAAGGGCAAGUAUUACGCGGUGAACUUCCCGCUGCGCGACGGCAUCGAUGACGAGUCUUACGAGGCCAUCUUCAAGCCGGUGAUCUCCAAGGUGAUGGAGAUGUACCAGCCCAGCGCCGUGGUGCUGCAGUGUGGAGCCGACUCGCUCACCGGCGACCGACUCGGCUGCUUCAACCUCACCAUCAAGGGCCACGCCAAGUGCGUCAACUUCAUGAAGAGCUUCAACUUGCCGCUGCUGAUGCUGGGCGGCGGUGGCUACACCAUCCGCAACGUGGCGCGCUGCUGGACCUUCGAGACGGCCGUGGCUCUCGACAGCGACAUCGCCAACGAGCUGCCCUACAACGACUACUUUGAGUACUUUGGGCCGGACUUCAAGCUGCACAUCAGCCCCUCGAACAUGACCAACCAGAACACCCCCGAGUACCUGGAGAAGAUCAAGCAGCGGCUGUUUGAGAACCUGCGCAUGCUCCCGCACGCGCCCGGCGUGCAGAUGCAGGCCAUCCCGGAGGACGCGGUACCCGAGGACAGCGGCGAGGAGGAGGAGGACCCCAACAAGCGAAUCUCCAUCCGCGCGUCGGACAAACGCAUCGCGUGCGACGAGGAGUUCUCCGACUCGGAGGACGAGGGCGAGGGCGGCCGGAGGAACGCCGCCAACUACAAGAAGAUCAAGCGGCCCAAAGUGGAGGAGGAGAAGAAGGCUGAGGUGCCCAGUGCCCCCGUCGCGGAUGAGAGGAAGCCAGAGCCCAAAGAAGACGAGCAGACCAGAGAACCCAGUGCGGAGACGGGCGAAGCUAAAGGGCCCAAGCUGGAGGAGUCUAAACCGAGCACCUGAGGGAGGAGGAGCGUCGGGGGGGGGAGCAAAGGCGGCGGGUGCCGUGCGGUGUUGCCCGUGUGCGUGCCACCCCGGUGCCCUUAAGAGGAAGGGUCCCUUACCAGUCGAUGAUAACCACCACUGCCUCCCCGCCCACCACCACCACUCCCACCUCCCCAGGAUUUAUAUUCAAGUGCCACUCAUUACAACGACGACAACAACAACAAGAGUUCAUGACCAGAAGCGUAGAAAUGGCAGCGUUGGCUGGCUAGCGGCCGUAGCGAAACCGGAAUGGUGCGGACAAACGUGGCUCUGCUUGUCCCGCGUCCGCAAAGAUGUCUGGUACGUCGGCGCAGAACGGUGAGGAGCGGAGCUCGCCCGUGCCAGAGCAGCAGCUCCGGAACGAGCUCCGAAGGAAGUUAACCGCUAAAGAUCUUUUUUUACAAUCCCCUCCUCCCUGUCCAAACCCUACCCAGCAUUAAAAUGUAAAACGACAAAAUCGGCUGAGUGUUUUGUCUGGUGCAGGCACGGUUAAACUUUUUUACACGUCGUUUUUUCGACCAAAGCCCUUUUAAAUUAAGCGUUGUGAAUUGUCGUGUAGGCCUUCCUCGCUUGCCUCCAUCACGGUGUUGUCUUUUAGUUAUUCCGUACAGCAAAGCAAAAUAAUUUGAAAUUGAAGUCAAGCGGCAAGUGUGCGUUUCAGCCGCCAUCAGAUGAGAUGCCGUGGGUGGUUAUAACACCGCUCUGAACCUGCGGAGGAGAGCUUCAAAUCCAUAGUAUUUUGUAAAUUCCGUGCGUGCUUUGUUUUUCCACCCGACCACCGUAGCCGUAGUUGUCGGAUUGCGACACUCUCCGUCCGUGUAACAAGCGGGUGGCUUUAUUUUUAAACGAUGCCAUCGUCACGUGCUGCCCCCCACUCCCGUUAUGACGAGGUCACUUUUGACCCCCCCUUGCCCCAGGUGUCGUGGCAACGUUAGCACAGUUGUGGAGGAAUUUUGUGUGAAAACUUCCCCCGCCCCCACAAUAAAGUCAAGUCACGUA